AUGGCCAUGGCAUUUCCACCAUUGAUCCCUCGGCCAAGGAGGCCAAUGGCGGCGCCUGUCGUUCCCGGGCCACAGUCCGUUCCAACACACCGGGAGUGGGCGGCUCUAUACUCGGAGAUCGAGCGACUGUAUGUUUACAAGCGUCGGAAACUGCGGUUCAUCAUGCAAUACAUGGAGAGGGAGCAUGGCUUCAAGGCGACGGCGCAGAUGUACAAGAAGCGAUUCGCCAAGUGGGGUUUCCAGAAGAAUGCCAGACGCUCUGCUACUGCUGCGCCGACGCCAUUAAAGUAUGAAUGCAGGAAGGACGUGAGCAGAAGGCCUAGCCCGGUAAGCGCUGUGGGCUCGAUGCGCGCAUGCCCUGGACUCGGUCACGAUGAGGCUCUGAUACUCACCUUCCUGACUGGGGUGCGGGUAUGCAGCCUGGCAUUUUUCGAGCCGUUGCAGUCUCAUACUGGGUCCCGCGCGUGUCAGCGGCAGCAGACCUGGGAAACCCAACCAUAUGCCGAGCAGACAGACAAUAUGAGCGUCACCUUCAAGCUGGUGGUGGACCUGUUGGACCGAGGCCACGGGAACAUGGCUGGUAGAUUGGCCCGCAAGGCAUUCCUGAUGGUCGAAGACAUGUUGCGGCUCGAAGCACCUGCGCUGCUGUGGAACUUGCUCGAGAUCAUGCACUACAUGGUCGCACUGCGUCAGCCGCAGCUCUUCCAAAUGCUACUGGCCCAUCUCACUGCACUGGUGAACACCAGGACGCCGAAGCCUCAUCCCAUCUCUGCCAUGUUCCGCGGGUUGGGGGGACUCGUCGCUGGUAUAACAGAUGAUACCCUCAUCUCCGGGAGCUGUGUACCGACACCUUCGUCCUCGCCCUCGUCAUCCUCAUCACCGUCUUCAUAUACCGCAGAUAACGACACAAGGACUCGGUCUUCAUCACACAUCCUUUCAUCUCUGUUAGAACGGGGAUGGACCCUGAACGCCGAGCUCCUCUUCCAGCACUUUGACCCCAGUCUAUUCUCGCUUUAUUGCCGUAUCCACUGGAACUCAUGCUCGAUCACCCUCCCAGCCGCCUUGGUCAGCGCAGCAAACGACUGGUUCAGCGACCCCGACGCGCAGCAGAGCUCCUGCCUCGCGGCGGAAGCCCAGCGGACGGAAGCUCGUUCAAAUCCCACCCCUGACGCGACGACGGACAGAUUGCUCCAGCAUCUGCUCGCGCCACGCAUGGACGCGUCGCCUCCUCCGGACUAUGAGAUGCUCAGCGCGCGCAGCAUCGGGGCGCUCCUGGAACAUCGGGAUUCCAUGUUCACCCAAGAAGGGUCUUUCACUGGCGAUAGCACCAUCUUGCUCCGCAUCCUGGCGGUUCUAGUCACAACUCAUGUUCUUGAUGACCAGCCUGUUAUCCUAGGCCCACCAGUCAAUACAAUUGGAGUCGUGCCGACGACGGCGAGGGUACCACGUGUCCACGCUGCAAAGGUGGCGUGUGCGAUGAGGACGAUAAUGGACAUCAAAUCUGAGCAAGGAGGGGGUGAUGGCCUCUUGACGCCUGCCGAGGUCGUCGAUCAGAUUCGUUCCAUUGUCGCUCUCCUCGAAUAUGCCCACGCCGAGACAGAUCCUCACGUCGUGCGGGAAAUGUGGCUGCUGGUAGAUGCGCUCGUCACGGCCGGCAACUACAAAGAGGCACGACGGCUGGCUCAAACCGCAGUUUGUCGGUUAGAGAAGUACGUCCAGGAAAUCCCCCUCCAUUCCGCAUAA